AGGAGAGAUGGCUGCUUUCGGAGAGUAUCAAUCACCCUGAUGGCUGACCAGGAUCACGGUCGACCUGCCGCGUUCGGUCGUUGGCCUGGGGGCCGGGACGCUCUCCGCACCCCCGUCCCGGGGCAGCUAAUGGUCGGGUCCAGGCGGGAGGCCAUGUUUGCUGGAAUUAAAGCGGGCGGGGCGGCGCCAGCGAGCAGAUGCGGCUGGAGGCGCGCGGGAGCCGGGCGCGAGCAGGGCGCAGCGGCGAGGGAGGCGCGGGGGAGGCCAGCGGGAGCCGGGGCGCCAGCAGCAGCCUGCAUCGGCGGAGAGCAGCGGGGCGCCGCGGGAGCCGCAGUCGCCAUGGCCGUGGCUGUGGGGAGACCGAGUAAUGAAGAGCUUCGAAACUUAUCACUUUCUGGCCAUGUUGGAUUUGACAGUCUUCCUGACCAGCUGGUCAACAAGUCCACUUCUCAAGGAUUCUGUUUCAAUAUCCUGUGUGUGGGUGAAACAGGUAUUGGCAAAUCCACAUUGAUGGACACGUUAUUCAACACCAAAUUUGAAAGUGACCCAGCUUCUCACAAUGAGCCUGGUGUGCGGUUAAAAGCCAGAAGUUAUGAACUUCAGGAAAGCAACGUACGGCUGAAGCUGACCAUUGUUGACACGGUGGGAUUUGGAGACCAGAUUAAUAAAGAUGACAGCUAUAAGCCUAUUGUGGAAUAUAUUGAUGCCCAGUUUGAGGCGUACUUGCAAGAGGAAUUGAAAAUUAAACGUUCUCUCUUCAACUACCACGACACGAGGAUUCAUGCCUGCCUUUACUUCAUUGCCCCCACGGGACAUUCACUGAAGUCCUUAGACCUGGUCACAAUGAAGAAACUCGACAGCAAGGUGAACAUCAUUCCAAUAAUUGCAAAAGCUGACACCAUCGCCAAGAACGAACUGCACAAAUUCAAGAGUAAGAUUAUGAGUGAACUAGUGAGCAACGGAGUCCAGAUCUAUCAGUUCCCCACAGACGAGGAAACCGUGGCCGAGAUUAACGCGACCAUGAGUGUCCAUCUCCCAUUUGCAGUGGUUGGCAGCACCGAAGAGGUGAAGAUUGGCAACAAGAUGGCCAAGGCCAGGCAGUACCCCUGGGGUGUGGUGCAGGUUGAGAACGAAAACCACUGUGACUUUGUGAAGCUGAGGGAAAUGCUGAUCCGAGUGAACAUGGAAGACUUGCGAGAGCAGACGCACACUCGCCACUACGAGUUGUAUCGGCGCUGUAAGCUCGAGGAGAUGGGCUUCAAGGACACUGACCCCGACAGCAAGCCCUUCAGUCUUCAGGAGACGUAUGAAGCCAAAAGGAAUGAAUUCCUGGGAGAGCUGCAGAAGAAAGAGGAGGAGAUGAGGCAGAUGUUUGUCAUGAGAGUGAAGGAGAAAGAGGCGGAGCUUAAGGAGGCGGAGAAGGAGCUUCACGAGAAGUUUGACCUCCUGAAGCGGACACACCAAGAGGAGAAGAAAAAGGUGGAAGACAAGAAGAAGGAGCUUGAGGAGGAGGUGAGCAACUUCCAGAAGAAGAAGGCCGCAGCCCAGCUCUUGCAAUCCCAGGCCCAGCAGUCUGGGUCCCAGCAAACCAAGAAGGACAAGGAUAAGAAAAAUGCAAGCUUCGCAUAAGGCCUGGCAAGCCAAGGACGCUCCCGCAUUCACCUGCUUUUGCAGUAGUAGCGUACCUCUGUCAUCCGCGUCCUGUUUGGUUUCGUUGUCUCUCCCUUCCCCAGAUACCAGUAACUCCUAGCUCACUUUGCUGAAUGUUGUCAGGUGGUGGAGACCCAUAGAACAAGGGGAUCUCGGCAGACACGCGCAUGUGGCUGGACUUUGUUUCUGGAAAGUCAAUGAUCUGCCUUGUAUGCCUGUCCCAAGUGGCAGCAGGAAGCAUGUCUGUCACUUGUAUGUCGCUUUGGACCAAGGAAAGCAGGGUAAAAUGCUACCUGUACGUCUGAUGUGAAAACUCACCACCUCAGCAGCUGAACUAAAACCCUGAGUAGCCAUGACAACAACUUGCAUUCUCAUGAUUGUUCGUCUCAGGCUCGCCAGCCCCCUCCCCCCACUUCACUGUCUCUUCUCACUUGCCCCAAACCAAAGGUGGCCAGGAAAGGAGGCAGAUUGGUGAGCGGGCACUAUAGGUGGCUUUUCACCUGUAUGAUUUUUUUUUUUUCCAUUUAAUCACUCCGGUAUUUGGUCUGAGCCUGUGAGCUGUCUUAGGGUCUGAAUGCCCACUUCAAAGCCCGGCCAAAGCUGCUGGGGAAUGCUCACCUCCACCAGGGUGUUUCCGCCUGACGACACUUUCCCAGGUCCAGAUCUCAAAGACCGCCUGAAAGAGUUUGGCCUAGCUGUUAAGGAUGUUGGAUCCCCACUUAGAGCGAGGGGAUCGUCCCCACACCUCCCCAACCCCCUCCCUGUACACCUGCAUUUGCUUUAAGCCAGCUGAGGGGAGACCUGGAGGCUGAUUCCCGAGUAUGGCUCCUUCGCAUAGAAAUGUUCAUGAAGCGCAGUGAGAAAACUGCUCCAAAUACUUCAAAUAGGAAACCUGCUCUACAUUGCAUUGCCGUAGCACAAACCUGAAAGGCUGUCCUCAGGUUAAGGGGGGGAGGGGGCGAACACAGUGCAGUGAUUAGGGCCGCCUGCUCUGUCUCUUGGGCCAUCAGUUAGGCCACCUGACUCCGGAUCAGGACAUGCCCUGCCUGCCUGCUGUGCAAGAAGGGAGAAGGGCACGUGUCUAUCCUGUCCCCUUUUCCUUCUGCUGCUCAUCCUGUCAUCUGCAUGGCUGUCCCCUUCUAACCAGACCCCCCCAGCUUUCCCCUCUCUCAAGUUUCUCAUGGACCCAGUCCUUUGCCUUUACAUCUCCUCUCUAAUGUCACCAGUUACACGUGAAUGGGGUAAAGCACGCUGCAUUUCCCACUUUAAAACAAAAUUGUCCAGCAAGCCUGGUCUGAUCCUGGCCAAGUUUUUAGGCUUUCCUUUUCUUCAUCUCCCAAUCACAAGAAAAAAGCAGUGCCCUUUCAUAAACUGACUUAGGCUUCAUUAGGCAAAGCAAGGCCAUUGGCUUCACCGGGGUGCAAGCCAGGGUGGCCCAGAAGCCACAGAGCAGCCGCAGCAGCCAUCUUCGGCAGGGGAGGGAGGAGCUCCUACAUGGACCCUGGCUUUGCUUCCAUUUUCCCAGCUAGCUGUGGAGCAGCAGGUACUAAUGGCACGCUGACUAACUGUGGCUGCGCCCGCUUCUUCACUGCUUGUGUGAGCAUUGUCUUUCUUUCUUUCUUUCUUUGUGCCUCAUAAUAGAAAAUACCCCUUUGCAUUUGAUUCUCAAAUCCCUAAAAGCUUUUUAAGAUAAGCUAAGAAGGAAAAAAAAAAAAAACCCAAUUGACUUUUUGAUGCCAAGAUUAUUGAUUGAAUUAUUUUUUUUCACAGUAAAAUAAAUUCUACGGAGAGUCAGGGAAUAAAAAGCUAAGAGAAUCCUUAAAAAAGCUUAAACGAACAAAAAGCAUUGCUUCUGAAAUGAUUCUCUCCCACCUCCACUCCCAAGCCUCCUGGAGCUUGUUACUGCUGCUCUUUUCUUUCCGUAUCUAUGCCUUUCUUCACAGUAGUCCCUGGCUCUGCACGGAAUAAACGGUACUCUCAAAUCUAAUCGGACGUGCUUUCGCCUCUGCAUGUAAGUACAGGUGCAAGAACUCUGAAAUCUUUGUUUCAGAUGAGGUUUAGCAGUCUGGGUAGUCUUUUUCUUUUCUUUCUUUCUUCUUCUUCUCUCUCCUUUUUUUUUUUUUAAGCUAAAUACAUUGACACCAGUCACAUUUAUAUUUUGCCCCACAAUUUAUGCUUCAUCUCGAUGUCAGAGGAAGCAGGGGACUGAUUACCAAUUGCAGCCAUUGCUCUGUGUAGCACCAUGGAGGGCAUGUAGAAGGCCUUCAGUUGUGACGAGAUAAAGCUGGGGAAAGAAAUUUCCACCGUCCACUGGACAAACACCCAGAAAAUGAUGUCUCUGCCAGGCUGCCUUUCUGAUACUUUUGGAAAGAUCUUAGUAACGGCCACUCCUUUCGGCUAAAUGCCCAAUGGCCACAUCUUUUUCUGUUGCCCAGCUUUGGCUGGCCUCUCUCUGUAGCUCUUCUCCCCAAGCACAAUGAGCAUCUUUUCUUCUUCUGGACUGUGCUCCCCUGUAACUGCUGUUGGGGUGUGACAGAAUGGCCGGCAUGAGAACCCAGUGGUAAUUGAGGACUGCCUUCCCAGCUUGGGCUCUAUAUUAACUGGUCCAAAAGGGCAUCUCGUGGCCAGGGGAGCUCUUCCACCUGACGUCGGGCAUGGGUUUCUUGUUUUCCUGCUCCUUUACUUUGCAACUCACCAGCAGCAUCUCUUGCUUCCUCUCCAUCCUGUGCGCCUCUAAUGGACAGGCGUGGCUGUCUCACUUUCCUGAGAUACUGCUAAGUGUUCUGCGGAGUCGGUGUUCAGGCUUCCCCCACCCACGUCGUACUGUCUCUGUGUGGUCCUGCCAGAACCAUCCAUUUGAAUCCCUUGGCUUUGCCAUCCACAAGUGUCAGGAGUUGUCAGGUGUCAGUUUCCAAAAGUCCUAGUUCUAGCCACAGGACAUUUAUCAUGGAGUUGUUAGCUGAAUUAUGACCUACAGAGUCUAGUUUGUAUGUAGGUAUGAAGGGAAUUUAAAAAAAAAAUAAAUUGAAGAUUAAGCUGUGAACAGCAUUAGAACUUUGAUCUAUUUCUUGAUCUUAAAAUAUGAUAAUGCCUUAAACUGUAGUUGUAGAACUGUCAUACUCUUUUUGCUGUUUGAGGAUAACCAAUGUUUUCUAAACUGUUGUGUAAUCUCAGUGUUGAUGCAGACUGUCAUGUAUGUAAGCUGCAUGUUAGACACUUGUCUUUUUUUAAGAACUAAAACAAUUGUAUCCAUGUGAAGCAGCAUAUCGUUCCUACAAGUGUGAAACUGUUGGCUCAGCAGCGUGCUGAGCGACUUGGUGUCUGUUAACAUAGUGUGGUGACAGGUGACCUAUGCAUAUAUCACUAGUGCCAAGACCUAAAGCGGGGAAAUAUAUUUUUACCCAACCAUU